AUGGCGGGAAUCGUCAACGGACCUCUUUCUCUAUUCCGCAAGUCCGACUCUUCAAAACCUCUCCAUGCUCGAUGGGGAGAUGUGUCCAUCUCCGUGCCCACAGAUGGCUCAUGGAAUCAAUACGACAAUCCCCAUCGACCCGUCAAAGAGAGAUCAGCAUACGGGCCAGGCUACGUGCCCGACUGCUCUCCGCCAGACCGGAACCCCCGCCCAGUGAAAGAGGAGGACGCAGACGAUGACACCAGAAGCGUCUGUAGUGCAGCUUCCACAAGCUCACGGCGCAGCUCACUAUCUCUCGGAAGCCUGCGACCGGGCCGGCUCUCAGUACGCCUCGCCUCGCGUCCGAAACAACUGCGGGGCGAAUCACAGAUGGAAAGAGACGCCCAGCGCUCCGAGCAAAAGCGAAAUGAGUUUGCAUAUCGACCAAUUCAACAAGACUACACUUCUGAAGUAGUCGAAAAGACUACUCAGCCCAGUAAUCGCUUCAAGUACAUUCCGACCAACGGACGGUACCUUCAGAGUUCAGGCACUGAGACUCCGCUCAGCCAAUCUGUCAACUCGCCCCGCAGCCCCCACUCGCGGCGGGGCUCGUUGCCCGAGUCUAGUGAUCGGCGAUACAGCGGUCGCGAUCGUGAUCACUACACUCCCACCGUUCGAGGAAGCACCUACCAUGAGGACUACCGUCGCAGUAUGCACUCUAGUAUCGGUGAUAACCUGGACAGCGGUAGUUCAAGGCGAAAUUAUGGGCUGCCGCCUAGACGGCGAACGUCACCUUUUGUUGCGGCCGAUAGCAAGAGGGCUUCUACAAUCUCGAAACCUAUGACAUUGGCAAUGGUUCCUGACCCUGAUGAUCUCUAUGAGUAA